AUGAAUCCUAAACUGAUUCUGACGUUCUUCUUCUUCGGAUGCGGCCUGACCUCCUGCUCUCGCGUCAUCCUACGUGAGUACCACUAUGUCAACUUGGCAAUGAACUGGACCGACGCUCAGCAUUACUGCAGAGUAAACUACAAUGAUCUGGCCACCAUUGAAAGGAUGGGUGACAUAACCUGGUUAAACGGACCUAGACGGGAAGACUCGGCAGCAUGGAUCGGACUGACAGAUGACCCAAAAUCCUGGAGGGGAACUAUGGGCAAUGAUGCAAACUCCUGGAGAUGGACAGCGACUGGUAAAACAAGCACAACUGGUUACCAUAACUGGGACUCACCUGAACCAAAUAAUAAUGGAGGAAAAGAGAACUGUGCUUUUGUGACCAGGGAAGGAAAGUGGAGGGAUAGUAAGUGUGCCCUUAGACGUCUUUGUAUUUGUUACCAAGCGACGAAUCCUCCAGGCCAGAAAACAUAUAUACUCAGCCCCACAUCAAUGACAUGGUUUGAUGCUAGGGCUUACUGCAGAACACACUAUACAGACCUGGCGAUUAUCGAGAAUGAUCAGGAGAACACACAGAUGUUGUCAGUCAAAUCCAACAUUACUGUGUGGAUCGGCUUGUACCGAGUAUCAUGGAGGUGGUCCGACAACAGCAGCAGCUCGUUCAGAAACUGGAUGAAUGGACAGCCAAAUAACGCUAAUAAUCAGUACUGUGCAGCUGAAACCCAAGAUCACGUUUGGAAUGAUGCCCCCUGUUCCAAGAAGAUGCCCUUCUGGUGCCAAGAUGCCCCCCAAAAAAAGACCAUUGUGAAGAUGAAGAUCCAGACUGAUGCUGACCUUUCUGAUCCAGAUGUUAACACCCAGAUGCUAGACCAGAUUGAUAGAAUGAUGAGGGACAAAGGACUGACUGACUUCAAGCUGCGGUGGACGAUUCAGCCCAGAAAAGAGGAGGAGGACAAAGAUGAGGACACUUGA